UACCUCAGAUAAUGAUACUGUUUAUUAUUACAGUGAAUAUAACAGCGAGUAACUUUACAUCUGGGCAAAACAAUGCUUACAUCACCACCGGGCAGGCAUCCUGGGUUACUGAUGGUGUGACGUCAGGGCAGUGUGCAUCAGUCUCGUCCGUAUACCCAGCAUGGGAGGCGGAGUUUGGACAGAACAGGACAGUCACCAGGAUCAAGAUAUUCUGGGAAGAUCAACAAGAUGACGUAUAUGUGUCUGUAGGUGGCAGGAUCUGUCACAUCCCGAACUCUUCCUACAUUUGGAAAAAAAGAGUACAACCUGGAGUGUGAUGUACCCGUGACGGGGGACCAUCUCCAGAUAUAUCGCCAACCUACAUUGGGGAUGGUGCAUCUGAGUUUCUGCGAGGUGGAAAUAUACGCUAGCCCAAUAGUAACGUCCUCUACGAUGUCUACUUCCACAACUACUCCAACAACAUCCAAGACAAAACAGUGACUACGUCAUCGAUAGCAUCCUCAACACCCAGUACAGUAUCGGGGACCAGCAUAGACGACAGUACAACAUCCUUAUCGUCCACCCAGCCACCGAUGACAUCGGGUGUUACGUCCAGUACAGUAGACUCAACAACGACCACGUCCAUAACAACGACCAAGCCCACGACAUCACCCCAAACAAGCAUUGUUACCUCCACCGCUGCACCAGUUCCAACAGAGACAUCAACAACGUCGCAUGCAAAACCAACCACACAACCUGCUGGUGCAGAUACAGGGACGACGAUUGCUGCAGUAGUGGGAGUGGUCGUGCUGCUGCUGAUUAUCGUCGUAGUGGCAGUUGUCUGCAGAAAUGGAAUUAAAAAAAGGUAUAACCCAAAGGAUGCAGAAGCCAGAGCUGCCGUGAGGAAUCAAGCAAUUAAGAUGGAUGAAGUCGAACAGCCGAACUCAACAGUGUUUGAUCUUAAUGAGUUCAAAAGUGUGGCACUACCUACUUACCCGGAGGAAAAAUCUGCGUCUACUAACGGAUCCCUCCAGAGCCACAUCCCUAGUGCUGUUAGCGUGGCGAAUCUCCCCAGCUACAUCAGAGAGAAGCUGGAUGCUAACGUCGCCACGGAGUACGCGAUGAUACCGGCCGGUCUGAGGAACACUCAUACAUAUGAGACGGCAGCGAGAGAGGAAAAUCUCCACAAGAACCGCUACAACAGACUAUUUGCAUAUGACGAUACUCGGGUGCCCUUACAGAGCGAAGGUGGGGCAGAUUAUAUCAACGCAUCGUACAUACACGGCUUUAAAAGUCCUCUGAAAUUUAUAGCUGCGCAAGGUCCCCUGAACUCGACGGUUGUAGACUUUUGGAGUAUGGUCUGGCAGGAGGGAUCUCGGGAGAUCGUCAUGGUCACCAAUCUACUGGAAGAUGGCGUGCACAAGUGCCACAUGUAUUGGCCAGGAAAGGAAGAACGCGGUAGUUAUGGAAACAUCACUGUGACACAGGAGAAAUCUAUAGAACGUGCAGACUACACAGUUCGCAUCUUCUCGCUGCAUCACCGUAAGGAGGACACUCGGCGUGAGGUGACCCAGUACCACUACACCUCGUGGCCAGACCAUGGAGUUCCCACGGCGCCCUCUCUCGUCAAUUUCUGGAGACAUGUCAACAUAUGCAGCAAGCCAAAUGACGGACAAGCAGGACCAAUAAUUGUCCACUGCAGUGCUGGAGUGGGUCGGACAGGUACUUUCAUCGGUCUUGACAUCUUGAUGAAUGAGGCGCUUGUGGAGGAGAAAGUGAACUUCUUCAUCGUCGUCCUCAACAUGAGGGACCAGAGGAUGAACAUGGUGCAGACACAGGGACAGUAUAAGUUCCUCCACUGGGCUGUCCUCGAGGCACUCUUCAGCAGGGAUUCGCCGGUAGUGGCUAGAGAACUGCCAGCUAUGUUGGAAGCAGGCAACAUCGUAAUCCAGGAGGAAUACGAGAAUUUGGAAGUUAUGAUGUCGCUCCAGAGAGACCAGAAGUCUGACGCAAAGCCAGAUCCCACACAAGAAGAUGGUGAUGAUCUAUUCAAUUUCAAUAUAACACCUCUGCCGUCGUAUUUCAACAAGAAGGGCUUCCUCAACAUUGGAGUGAUUAAGGAACCUUCUCCGGAAGAACUCUGGCAGCUGAUAUGCAGGAACAGUUCAAGUACCACCAUCACCAUCAGCCAGGAUCCUUCUGAUGCCAUGCCAAAGGACGUUGGAACGUCGUUGACAUUUGGAGAGUUUCACGUGACCUUGAAUUCUGUCGAUGACGUUUCUAUAGGAGUGACGGAGAAGAAGCUAACCAUCGAAUCAAAGACGAUACAGACAUGUUGGGACAGUGGAUCUGGUGUGACGUCUAUUGUCAACUACAACUUCCAUUCCCCAUCUACAGAACGUCACUUUGACAAAACCAAUCUCCUGAUGCUCGUAGAGCUCCUGGCUGAACGUCAACACAUCAGUGGGCGCCAUCCCGUCAUACUCCAGUGUCGAGACGAUCCCAGGAAGUGCAGCCUCUUUGCUGCUGCAGUCAAUGUGCUGACCAGCCUGAGACUGGACAAGGAAGUGGACAUCUACUUGACAGUCAGGGAGAUACAGUGUAGAAAUGGGCAACCCAUCACCUGUGUGGAGGACUACAGAUACCUGUACGAGUUAGCCAGCCAGCAGGUGCAGUCUACAAACACAUUCGCCACCAAAUGAUGGACACCACGAUUCUCUUUAUAUGCUCAUUCAGUGUUCAGUUUUACAUGUGGAAUUCAAGUGAGAAAUUGGUCACACGCACCGAUAUAUUGGAAUAUUGCUAAACGCGGUGUAAUACCAUAUUCAUUAAAAUUAUUGUUUUCUAUCUAAAUUUUAUAAAACACUGUUUUUUGUUCCAACCUUCGGUUUACUAUUGCUUUUCCACUGUUAUGUAACUUUCAUCUUUUAGAAACAUCCCAGUCAUACAGGAAAUACCUUCCUUGUUCACAAUUCUGUACAUUUGAAAUCUACUUCCAAAACUUUGACU